AUGACGACGGUAAGCCUGGCACCUUGGGAAGCCAAAGCCGCAGCCAAACGAGCGACUACGCUCGCCAAGAUUCCUCCUACGUGGACCCUUGGCCGGGACGAUGUUGAAAGAGCCAAGAGCAUUCGAAAUCUCACUGGUCCGUUUAUCCAGAGAUUUCUCACCAAAAGAGAAAUCUUCAUCACAUCAAAAAACAGUGUCGACCUCGUUGAAUGCCUCAGAAGCGGACAUCUUAGUUCUGUUGAGGUGACGACAGCAUUUUGCAAGACGGCAGCUUUUGCACAUCAAACUAAUAAUUGUCUUCAUGAAAUAUGCUUUGAUGAAGCAAUCGAGCGGGCCAGAUUUCUAGACGCCUACAUGGUAGAGAGGAAGACGGUCAUGGGACCGCUCCACGGCCUUCCAGUCAGUCUGAAGGACCAGUUCCAUAUCAAGGGCCUCGAUACUACCAUGGGCUACGUCGGAUGGAUCGGUAGUAAUCUUGGUGUGAAGGACUCUGAGCAGGUCCACAAUAUUGAGAGUCAGAUUGUGACCGAGCUGCUGUCCCUUGGAGCCGUGCUCUACUGCAAAACCAGUUUGCCGCAAACCCUGCUAUUUGGAGAGACAAAGAACAAUAUCAUCGGCCAGACUCUCAAUCCGCACAACCAGAAACUGUCGUGUGGGGGGUCAUCCGGGGGAGAAGGCGCGCUGCAAGGUCUUGGCGGAAGCACCCUUGGGGUUGGCACUGAUAUCGGAGGCUCCGUUCGCAUCCCUGCUGCCUUUAAUGGGAUAUUCUCCAUCAAGCCUACUCCAGGGAGGUUUUCGUACCGUAACGUUGCCAACACCAACCCCGGACAGAGCACAUAUUCAUCGACGGUUGGGUUUAUGAGCACUUCCUUGGAGGGUUUGGAACUGAUCAUGAAAGCCCUCUUGUCGACGAAGCCGUGGCUCAAUGAUCCCGCCGUUUUCCCAUUGCCCUUUCGCCAGCAUGUCGUUGACGAGAUUUUAAACCGAGCUAGCUCGAAUGGCAACGCUAAGACAUCUGCUGCGCCGUUGAAGCUGGGAGUCUUCUGGUCGGAUGGAGUCGUUCAGCCACACCCUCCCAUCACCCGCGGGCUGCAUAUGGUGGUGAAGGCUGUUGAAGAAGCCGGGCACCAGGUCGUGAAUUGGGAACCACCGUCACAAAAAACGGCCAAGAGGAUUCACUUGUCUUUCUUAAAGGCAGACGGUGCUCAUGACAUUCAUAACCACUUGGCUUUGUCAGGAGAGCCACUCAUCCCGGAUCUUAGCGAGUCACUCCGGUUGAGAACACCGAUGGAUUUGCUGGAGUACCAGGAUAACACGGUCCAGGGCGUCGAGUAUGAAGCUGCCUACUCAGACUAUUGGAACGAAGCUGUGGGUGAGGAUGGCCAACUGGUGGAUGCGGUCAUCAUGCCUGUUGCGCCUCACGCGGCCGUGAUUCCCGGGAAAUUCUACCAUACCGCAUACACCGAAGCCAUCAACUUGCUGAAUUACAGCGUGGUGGUAAUACCAGUCACAAAGGCGGACAGGACCGUUGACGUAGUUGAUGAGUCUUACCAGCCGGAAAACGAACUUGACCAACGAAACUGGAAUGCUUAUGACCCAGAUGUUUACGACGGCGGCCCAGUGGGGAUUCAGCUGGUAGCGCGGAAGUUUGAGGAAGAAAAGGUUUGGGCCAUUGCAAAAAUCGUACUUGCCGCGCUCGAAGCGGCUAAGCAAGACGGCGGCGUAGUGCAGCCUUUGCAGCCAUGA